AUGCCGAUGGAUCUAUCGAGCGAUACAAGUAAUUUGGAUUGGCCACUAUACCAGUUUGAUGUAAACAAUGCUUUUGUGCGUGGAGAACUCAUAGAUGAAGUGUAUAUGGACAUUCCUCCUGGAUAUAAUACUAUUCAUAUUGGAACAUCACCACGCACAUGGUUUGCACAGUUCAUCAUGGCGAUGAAGAACAAUGGUUUCAAACAGAGUAACUCAUACCAUACUCUGUUCUUGAAACAUCAUAAAGGGAAGAAUCUAGGUGGACUUAAGUAUUUGUUGGGGAUUGAGGUGGCCCGAUCACAACAAGAUAUAUUUCUCUCUCAAAUGAAAUAUGUCUUAGACUUGUUGACAGAUACAAGAAUGCUAUAUUGCAAACCUAUAGACACUCAUAUUGUUCAUAAUCUUCAUAUUGGAGAAUACCCGGAUCAAGUUCCAACUAACAAAGAAAUAUACCAACGAUUGGGUAGUGUAACAGAUAAAAGAUCUACAUCGGUUUACUUCACAUUCAUGGGAGGUAAUUUGGUGACAUGGAAGAGCAAGAAACAGAAGGUAGUAGCUUUAUCUAGUGCAGAAGCCGAGUUCAGAGGCAUGAGUAAAGGAAUUUUUGAGCUUCUUUGA